CUCGACAUGACCACAGCUCGGUGGCGACAGCGCAGGAGAAGGGAGCCGAGCAGUUGAGUGAGGAGCCAUGAUGGGACACAGGAUGCUGACAUGUUGGAAUGUUCCAGAGGGCACAGGAUGCUGUAUGAACGGCGGCUCAUCGGCGAACAUCCCGAAAAAAGUCAUCUGUGUCAGCCUCUCCGCUUCCCUGCUCCUGAUCCUCCUGACCCUGGGCCUGACUGGACAACUGGGGCUGCCUUAUCUACACUCCCAGUCUUCACAGGCUGUCCGGAUCAUUGCUCCAGACCCGACCGGGGUCCUGCUCCUCAACCAGUCGGCGGUCGUGGACCAGCAGAACGGCCUAGUGACCUUUACUGUGACGUCGGGGAUGAACCUCACAUCCACCGUGCUCUUUGACAUCAAACACGGCUUGAUAUGUUACCAACCGCUCCGCCAGGAGAGCUGCUUCCUGCGGACCAUGGAAACAUCCGACUACGAGGACGUGGACUCCUUACUUCAAGCGUCAGCACGCAAGAGUGACUUGCAGCUGUCUGUGAAUGAGACCCAGAGGCGCACAGAGUUCUUAGGGGUUCUGGCUGCCAGUCAGGCUGACAUGACCACCAUGGAGGAACCCUUCCAAGUCCUAUGUCGGGACAGAACCAUCCACUGGACCAAGAGGGCUGACGGGCCAGGCAAACAGAGGCUGGUGUACUUCUGCAUCGACAUUUGCUUUCCCAACAACAUCUGUGUGUCCGUGUGCUUCUACUACCUGCCUGACUGA